AUGGACAACGGCCCGCCCGCAAGCUACCAGACCAAUGUGUUCCGCGCACAACCCGCCGAGGGUCUUCAGCGCAAGAUUCAGAAGCGCAACCGCCCGCCCGUCAGUUGUCUCCUGUGCAGAACCCGCAAGGUGAAAUGCGACCGGCAGCAGCCGUGUGAGAGAUGCGUCAAGAGCGGCGAGGCCAACUUCUGCGAGUAUGCCCCGCGUGCUGCUCGCAAGAGCCGCGCACCGGAGCAGCCGCGGUCGCAGCUGGAUGUGCGCUCGCGACCCGAGCCUAUGUCCCGCCCCGUCCUCCAGGUCCGUCUUCAGAAGCUGGAGGAGAUGGUCAACGGGCUUGUAUACACUGCCCAUGGCCAGGACCCUGCCGCGAACACCCCCUCAAGUUCGGACCCCCGGACUGAGACGGAUGCCCUCUCCGACUUGAGUUCGCCCCCGAGCUUCACCCCGUCUGGAUCAAUGCAUUCGGCCACACAGAUGGUCGAGGGUGGUGGUUAUGUGGGCGGCACUCACUGGGCCUCAAUUCUGGAUAGCAUCCACGACAUCCAAGGCAUCCUGGAAGCCGAACCAGACACACAUACAAGCCCCUCGCCGCCUCCACCACCUACGCAAAGCUGGCCUCCAGAUAGUCCGGAUGUCAUCUUGGGGAACCAAUCCAAGAUCACCCAUGAGCAAGCUGUGGCACGACUACCGCCGCAGAGUAAGACUGACAAUCUCGUGUUGCUCUACUUCCGGCACCCAUUCACAACCGCACCGUACAUCCACACUACCAAGUUCCAAAGAGAGUAUGACGGCUUCUGGAGGGACCCAUCUUCGGCGAGCCUGCUGUGGAUAAGUUGUCUAUCGUCUAUGCUCUGUAUCGCUCAGUCCAUUGCCAUGGCGAAGGGCGAAAGUGGCAUAGCUGAUGCACCUCAGCCCGAGUCGCUGGCGGGCCUGGCAGCAGAUUGUCUUGUUUCGGGAGGUUACCUCUCUGCCAAGCCUUACUCCAUCGAAGCACUCAUACUCCAUGGUUACACCGAGAUGAUUAAACAGAGAGAUGCCGUUGUCAAUUCUAGUAUCUGGGCGAAGUUCGCCCUUACCGCCCGCCUCGCACAACGCAUGGGAUACCACCGAGACCCGAAAUACCUAUCAAACGUAACACCUUUCGAGGGUGAGCUUCGCCGCCGAGCCUGGUUCUUCAUUGAGGUAUUCGACGUCCUCUUCUCGUUUCAGCUAGGGAUGCCACCUGUCAUUCGCGACGACGAGUGCGACACAGAGUCCCCAAGUAAUCUCUACGACACGGAUUUCGACGAGAACAUGAUGGUGCUGCCCCCUUCAAGACCGCCUACCGAAGCAACGUCAACCCUGUACUUGUGCUGGAAGUCGAGACUAUGCCGUCUUUUACGUCGAGUCAUCCGUUCUACUCUAUCGAUCCAUCCCCUACCCUACGACGAGGCUCUUCGGCUCAACGACGAGAUCCAUCAGUAUCAUAAUCAAGUGCCUCCAGCUCUACAGAUCAAACCAAUUCGGUCAUACAGCUUCACUGACCAGACGCACGACAUCGUGCACCGCUUGAUGUUGGAGUUGAUGUACCUCAAGAGCCUCUGCGUUUUGCACCGCCCAUAUCUCAAUCGCGACAAGGACAACCCGAGAUAUGAUACGUCACGCAACAUCUGCCGGGACGCAGCCCUCAAGAUCCUCGAACUGCAUGCCGAAUACGAACAGGAGAGCAAACAUGGUGGAAGACUCUUUGAGGACAAAUACAUGCUCUCAUCACUCACCCUCCAUGACUUCCUGAUCGCGGCGAUGAUACUGUGCCUAGAUCUUACAGAAAACUUGCCUAGCAGCUCGACAGACCGGUCGAGGAAGCUGAAGGCUCUGGGAACCUCGUACAAGAUAUGGUCCGAAAGGAAGCACAGUUCCCGAGAUGCCGCCCAUGCUACCCGUGUUGUAGGUGCCAUCCUCCGAAAAGUGUCGAUGCAAGAGCCGGCCCCUGCGAAGCUUCCGCCCCCACGUCUUCCACAGCCCGACGUUCGGGGCGGCUCGCUGGCAAGUCUGCUCAACAAUGACGUCCAACCACCUCCAUCCAUCUUACAAGUGCCAUACGACUAUUCUCACAUACUCCCAACCAUGGACUUCACACUGGACUUCGUGGAUUGCGCACCCCUUGAUAAUGUGCUGAGUGACGCCAACCUGGUCGAUUGGAAUGUCAUCGACCAAAUACUGCUGGACAGGCCUGACAGCAGCUUCCGACCUGCAAUGUAA